AUGAGCAGGAGCAUAGUUUGCGUAGAAGAGUUUAGUAAGCAGUACGAUGUGCCCGAGGAGGUUUCCAGGCGGUUUCUUCCGCGCAAUGAUGUUUGCAUAAUAAGUGAAGAUGAAUUCAAAAAGACACGCGCAACGCGCAAGCGAGAAGCUGAGUUCCAGCUGAGUGGUCUGGAGGUCAAGAAAGCGAGUUAUGAUGGUUGGGACGAGGAACACGCUGCGGAGACGCGGGAGGAUUGCACACUCAACUCGGAGGUUCCAGAAGGCGCUGGGAGGUCACUGACGCUGGAACUAGACUCAUUCCAACUCUUGGGGUCCGACAAUGGCUCAGAAGCUGAGUCCUCAAUGGUGCUCUUCACGAGUAGCAGGAUAGAGUAUGACAGCGACACUGGCGUGCUCCUACAGAGUGGCGACUUUGCAUCCGAGCCUGACGACACGCGCGAGCGCGCAGGAGCCAACCCGCACACGCCCUAG